AUGCGAUCAUCAACGACAUUGCUCACUUCGCUCUCGGUCUUGGCGACCACUGCGGUCAACCAGGUCUCCGGUUUCGUCGUCCCUCAGGGAAGUGACUUGCAGGAGGGACGCCAUGUCGCCGCUUACCAGAACGAGAUGAGGAGGAGGGAGAUUAUCGGAGCUGAUGGGCUUGAGAGCUCGUACGACUUCAUCAUCUGCGGAGGAGGAGUCGCUGGUCUCGUCAUUGCCUCGCGUCUGAGUGAAGACCAGAACAAGACCGUCCUCGUCAUCGAGGCCGGUGAUACCGGUGAUGCCGUCAAGAGCAGUAUCGACGUUCCCGGGAACGCUUACUACUCUUCUCUUCUUAACACCGAUUACGACUGGCAGUACAAGACCGUGCCCCAAACUAACCUUGGUAACCGAGUUCUCGACUGGCCGCGAGGUAGGGUCCUCGGUGGAUCUUCCGCCGUCAACGGUCUCUACCUCGUCCGACCUUCUUCCCUCGAGGUCAACACCUGGGCUCAACUCGCCGGUACUAAUGGAUCCGCUUGGAACUGGGACUCGAUGUUCGCCGCCAUGAAAAAGUCCGAGACGUUCACCCCUCCUACCGAGGAGAUCACUCAGGAGUUCAACAUCGCCUACAACACCGAGAACCACGGUACCGAUGGACCUCUGCACUAUUCUUACCCCGGGUUCUUGUUGCCCGUCGUCGGAGAGUGGACCACCGUCUUGGAGAACAUUGGGGUCAACGUCAGUCCCGAUCCUAACGGUGGAAAUGGUUGGGGUGCCUUUAUCGCUACUUCGAGUAUCAACCCUUCCAACUGGACCCGUUCGUACUCCAAGUCGGCCUACAUCGACCCCCUCCCACCUAGGGCCAACUUGCACAUCUUGCCCAACGCCCGUGUCCUCAAGGUCAACACCAACUCGACCGGUGGCGUCGCCACCGCUACCGGUAUCCAGUACUCGAUGACCGGUGGAGAUCUUACCGGACGAACCAUCACCGCCAACAAGGAAGUCAUCCUGACCGGAGGUGCCAUUGGUUCCCCUCACAUGUUGAUGAUGAGCGGUAUCGGACCCAAGGCUAACUUGGAGAGCGUCGGUGUCCAGUCCGUCAUCGACCUUCCCGGUGUCGGCCAGCACGUUACCGAUCACGUCGCUUCCGAGGUCAUCUUCAAGACCACCGCUAACACCGCCGCUACCGACCGUAUCAACCAGACUUUGACCAACGGAACCGAGAGCUUCUUCUCGUUUGUCAACUCGGCCAUCGCUUACGCCAACAUUACCGACCUGUUUGGAGAUUACGCUCCGGAGUUCAGGGACACGAUCGCCCGUAACUUGACUUGGGCUGUGGAGAACGUUUGCCCGUCAACCGAUCCCACCGUUCAGGCUGGAUACCGUGCCGUUCACGAGGCUGGUACCGAGAACUUCAUCCUCUCGCCAAUCGGACACGUCGAGCUUUUGUUGGGUCUGACCGGUACCGCUCAAGGAGGUGACGACUCGAUCGCCAUCCAGGCCGCCUUGCAGCACCCCUUCUCGACCGGUCAGAUCUACUUGAACUCUUCCAACCCCUGGGAGUACCCCGUCAUCGACCCCAACUACUUGGCCCACCCUGCCGACACCUGGUUGAUCCGUGAAGGUCUUAAGCUCGCCCGAAAGAUCGGAAACACUGCUCCGCUCUCCAACUUUAUGACCAGCGAGGUCUUCCCCGGUACCCAGGUUCAGACCGAUGCCGAGUGGGACGCUUGGCUCGCCACCCAGGUCAAGACCGAGUACCACCCUUCGUCUUCGUGUUCGAUGAUGCCCCUCGACCACGGUGGUGUCGUCGGUGCCGACUUGAAGGUUCACGGGACGACCAACUUGCGAGUCGCCGAUUCUUCCGUCUUCCCUGUCCAGUUUGCCGCGCACUUGCAGUCGUUGACUUAUGGAGUCGGAGAGAUUGCCUCGGAGAUGAUCAAGAACGAACACAUGGCUGUUCGACAAGAGAUUUCUGCCAACACUUCGACCACUGCCGGAGCUACCGGCACUGACCAGCCGAUCGCCACCUCGACCGGUGCUCCUGGUACGACGACCGGUACCGGCAGCGGUAGCAGCAACAACCAGAACAGCGCUUCAUCCAUUCGAGUCUCCGCUGCCGGUGUUCUGGCGGCUUCCGUCUUGGCUCUUUUGGCUCUUGCUUAA